UCUCAGUCCUGUCGCCAUGAUUCUCUUGCAGAUGUUUUCAAAGCUCAGACUGAGGGGAUUUCACGCUAAGCUAACGGCCUCAAACGCUACACUUAAAUCAGUUUCAAUGCACUCAACGACGUUAUAAAGACACCAGAGUCUCCAAGAUAAUAUACUGUCUUGGGUUAUGGCGACCAAUACCGGGGAUGAUGAGUUUGAUGAAUAUGAUAAGCCGGGUGCAGAAAGGUCGAGAAGACGAAGAGGUGAUGAUGAUGACUUGGACAGUGAUUUAGAGGGAGACUUGCUUGAAGAAGAUUGGCUGUCAUCAAAAAAGAACCCAUCAGAGCUGUCAGAUGAGGAACUAAAUGAUGAUCUCUUGCAAAGUGAUGAAGAAGAACAAAAUGCAAGUGGGCAGGUUGAUGCUUUGAGUUUAAAUGCAACACUGGAUCUGGGUACCUCAGGUCACCUUGAAGACCCUGAAGGCAGAUAUACUGAAAAUGCCUACGAUGAGGCAGCAGGUUUUUCUCAGGAUAGUGUGUAUGAGGAAGAGCAGUACCACGGAGAUGAAGAAGGUCUGGAAUACUCAGGAGAGCAGAAUUAUGAGGGAUAUCAAGAUGAAGUCCUAGACCUUCAGCUAGAUGAGCCAUUAGAUGACGAAUUUCAAGUGGAUGAGUACCCCGCUGAGUACAGUGAAGAGCAGACUGAUCAACAGAAAGAGGAGGAGUGUGAAGAAGAAACCGAGGAGCAGGAUAUGUCUCAGGUCACAGAAUUAGAGGAGGUGGAGCAUGAAAAUGAUCCAGAAGCUGAAGGUGAACAUGAGCAGAACGAGGAUGUAAAGGAGGAGUCUGAAGAAGAGGAGGAAGAUGAUGAAGAAUCUGGUCGUCUGCGGUUUAAGACCGAACGCAAAGACGCCGCAGUGGUCAGGCUGUCUGACGCAACCAGUAAAAGACGGAACAUCCCGGAGACGUUGGAGCUCUCUGAGGAAGCUAAAGCAGACCUGCAGGAGUUUGAGGAGAAAGAGCGUCAACGGAAGCAGGGACGAUUUGGAGGACGAGGGAGAGGGGGGCAAAGAGGAGAUGGAGGGAGAGGAGGAAUGACAGGUAGAGGUGGGUUCAGGGGAAGAGGAGGACGAGGUGGAAGAGGGGAUUUUCAUCUGUUUGGAAUGGGGGAUUUCCGUGGAGAUGGAGGACGAAUGAGAAUGCAUGGGCAGAGGCCUCCACUGAUGCAAGUGAACUUAGGGAUUCAGCAGCUCAAAAUGAAUCCUCAACUCCAACAUCACCACCAUUAUCAUCACCAGCAUCAGUCUCGUCUGACAAGCCCGAGAGGUUCUGGUGGUCCCAGCCAUUUCUCCGAACUGGGUGGCCCAAUCCCUCAGCAGCCACUACAGCCGUUGUUGAUGCCACACCUGGCCCAGCGUUCCCCGGGACCUUCUUCCAGAGCACAACAUGACACGCAUGGGCCACGCAUAUUGAGCUCGCCACCACGGCAAACACACCUCAGCCAGCAACUUCAACAGCACCAACCCAAGAACAUUCACAUAAAUCCACAUUUCAGAGGACCCUCUUCGUCACCUGUGCAAGUUCCCUCGAUGCCUCCUGUGCAGAACCAGCCAAGGCCUAACAUCCCUCCACAGAGAAUCCCGGCUCCUCCUGAUUUUCAGCAGCAUCUUCAAGGAAAUUUUGGCCCACCUCAGCGGCUUUUGCCCCUCCAGGACCAGUGGAGAGGACCACCACCUCUUCACCAGGACCGAGAGCACUUCUUUACUGGUGAACCACGUUUUCCAGGCCAGCACAUUUUUGACCAGCCAGGUCCUGCCCCUCUCAUGAAUACCAGUGUUCUUCCAAUGCCAGGGCAAGGCCCCCUGUCUUACCCUCAACAAGGGGGAUUUGGAGGUCCAGGAUUUGGUCCUUUAGGUCUGGGCCAGAACCAAGGUCCUCAGGGAGGAGGAGUUUUCCAGAGAGAUCCCCCUCGGCCGGGUCUUGCCCCACAACAUGGUGGCCCUGCAGGACCCCCUGGUCCCCGUGGCUUUUUGGGUCACAGACAGCCCUUCUCUCCCCAGCAGCAAGGACCCCCUUUUAGCCCCCAGCACAUGCAGUUUGGUAUGCAGGUACGCCAGAGAGGUCUGAUGCCGCAGCACUCUCAACCCCUGCACCAUGAUCAUCCACCAUCCCACCAGCCCUUACACCAGCAGCACAGACAGGACUUUCCCCCACAGGCACUGUCUCACUCACAGCCUCCACCUCAACAGCACCACCAACACCAUUCAAGGGACCAACAUCCUAUUGUGCACCUCUCCCAGCCCAAUUUCCGCCAACCUGCUCAAAGUGGGCAUAGACCACAGUCACGCCCACAGGGAACACAGCAACGAAACAACCAUCCUAGACCCAGAAUGACAUCCCCUCCUCCCCUGCAGCAGAUCCUUCCUCAGCGCAACAGCAAUCUUCGUGAGCUGCCCAUCGCCACAAGUAACAAUAAUAACCAACCGUUAGUGUCUGGUGGCCAAGCAAAGCCAAUGACCAGGCCAACACAGAAUGUUAGGCCAGGGCAGGCUGCUCGUCCUGGACUUGCAGGAAGGGGAAGACCUGUGGCACAAGGACAAGGCGCUAUCAAAGCACAACAGCAGCCCACUGCACCUCAGAUAAGGACAGCGCAUCCACCUCCACAGUCAAGCACCACUCCAGAGGAUCCAGAUGAAGAUGAGGAGACACGUCAGUACCGACUGAAGAUCGAAGAACAGAAGCGUCUGCGAGAAGAGAUUCUCAAACGCAAAGAACUGCGCAGGCAGAUGCAGGCUGGAAAGCGCAAAAAAGAACUGCUGGAAAGAAUCGGUGGCCAGAACCAAAACCAGACCCCUCAAACACAGAAUGCCACCCAAACCCCUGCUACCCAACCACCCCAGCCGGUACCCUCGCUGAUCUCUAAUGGUACACCCCAGAACAUUUCUUCGGGUCCUGUUGCCCCUCGUCUGAAUGUGAAGGCCCGCCUGCAGAACACUAAACCCCAGGCGGAAGCCUCGGGCUGGUCUGGGCCACCGAAACAACAGAACACUAGUACCGAUACCAACCAGCAAGCUCAAUGGCAGCCACAGCAAAAGAGGCCUAUGAAUCCACCGCCUGCUCAAAGACAGGGUGCUGUUCAGAGUAGCCCAGUAGAGGCGCAUGGACAGGCUCAGCCCGGAGGCAAGAGAACAGUGAUGCAACGAACAAACAGCACAGAAUCACCACAGGUGCCACAGAAAGUGCGAGUGGUUAAGCUAUCAGGAGAGGCAGCUCCUGGUCCAACCACUGGUCCCCCACCUCAGCAGCAGCAGCCAAUUGGACGGCCUGCCCCACAACAGAGAAUGGGUCCCAUCAGGAAAAUUACCAUGGCAACUGGCGGUGUACAAAAUCAACAAGCUGGCCGCGGCAUGACAAACCAAACAAACCGGGUGGUUGUUCGGGGUCGAGGCCGCGGUGGCGGGCGCAUGAUGAUGCAACAGAGUCAAAGAUCUCAGGGUCCUCAGCCCAGCACCGUUUGCAUUGAGGGUUUGUCCACCACUACAACCAACAAACAGCUUAUGAACCUGCUCAACUCUAUAGGCCCUGUUGAGAUGUUUACAAUGUUGCCUGAGCAGCGGAAAGCGAUCGCCAAGUUCAAGAACCCACAACAUGCAUCAAGUUUUCAGCACAGCUUUCACAGGCACAUGAUAGAUUUGUCUCACAUCGAUGUUUCCAUUAUUGAUGGCUGAGGAGCAAGUCAGUUCAACAGAAGAGCAGAAAAGAGAAGUGAGCAAGAAGCUUUUCUGAAAGGUGGAUGCUAACUCAAGAGGUCAAAGCUUUGGAUGCUGUGUGGAAAGUACUGUCAUCAACUCAACAACUGAAGCCACGUGCAUGAAAUCAAAUCAAGAACAGAGACAAAACACUAGCGGUGGCCUGCAGGACAUGGUAGCGUAUGAGCUAAUGUUGAGAAUGACUUUGGCAUGACUCUUGCAUCUGUACGAUCAUUUGCGUUUGGGAAGUCGGCUAAUAGAGCGGGAAUCUCUUGUUAGUCUGAGCCAGCAGGUGAAAAGUGACAGAGAGGUAUAACACAAAGACAGUUUGUGUGACGGUUGAUAAUAGUUGCUCCUAUCCUGUGGCUUUCAAAACGGAUAAUGUAGAUAUUCUUGUUUAUAUGGAAUCUUUCCGUAUUAAAAAGUAUUAACCGAGUAGUUGGGCCUCAGCGAAUGGAAAUGUUCAGAUCUGCAGUUGUUUCUGCCACCUGUAGAGGGCAGCAGUGGCAUGUAAAUAUGACUGUAUGGCAUUUUGUAUGGUUUUGGGCAAUAUAGAGCAUUUGUACAUACUGGUGAAAUGUUUUGCUUGUAUAUGUAUUGAUGUGCAGUGAGCAUGUUUUGGAAUGUAAGGGCCGAGGUUUUCUAGUUGCAGGUCUUUUGGGACCCACUGUAAUAUUUCAGUGUUUGUUCAUAAUCCAUUAUCUUAUAAGUUUGCUCUUGACCAUUUCACCUUCCUUAAUCUAUUCCAGUUGCCUUAGGUUGCAGAGGUGUUGCAUGGUCUUUACAAUGGUCGACAUUAUUUGAAACUAGAUGGCUUUUAUGCUAUGAUUUUAGGUUUGAUGCUAUCAUGUAGCAUAUUUUGAUUAUUUUAAUAAUUGUUUGUGGAAACGGUCGAAUGAAUUCAGGAAGAUUAGGACACUUUCUGACAUUGAGAUAACUGUCCCAUUUUACCUGACUUUACCCUAUUAAGGUCGGUUUGUCAAAGAAUCCUCCCACCUCAUUUUUGCUAUUACCCCCUUUUAAAAUGUUUCUUUGCUCAAAAUUUGUCACACACAUUGUGUGGCCUUUAGGAUGAUUUUCAUAGGAUUUUAUUGUAUUGUUUUGUCUUGCUUACUUGAUAUGGAUUGUCUAGAGGACUACAAGCUUUUGUCGUUGUUUUUUUGUGAUGUUUAUGUAGCUAUGCUGUUAACAGAAGCAAUAUUUGGGUAUUUUGUUUAUUUAAAGUGUAUGGUUGGAAGAUUUGCUCGAGUCAGUGUUUAGUUAGCUGUUUUGAAGUUUGUUAAAUUGGGAAGUAUACAGGUUAUUAGUCAAAUUGUGAAAAGGGAUGCCCAUUAUCAGCUGUAAGUUAAAGUUUUUGUAGCAGUUAGUUUUUUGUUUAGCGCUAACACAUACACAGAUCUCACUCUCAUUUUAUUCUCCAGUGAAUUGUGAAAGGAUUUUUUUUAAUCAUGAGUGUUUCAAAUUAUUAUUAUCAGUUGUCCAUCAGUAUGUAUGUGUAGUGCUUGGAUCUAGUCUGACUGUACAGUUUAACCUAAACUGAUAUUGGCCCCACAUCAAUUUCUUUGUUGAAGUGCAUUGUAGUAUUCAUAACCAUUUAUAUUACAAGCUGCUCAUUUUGCAAAAAUAGGAUUGUUACAUUUCGUAUAAUCUCAGUUAAAUCUCAUACACAAAAGUGAGUAAAAGAUAAAGUAAGGGUUUGUAGCCGGUGGCACAUUAGGUUUUACAACUUCACAGGAUUUUGGAGCAACUAUUAUCAGUGUUCACUUUCUUGUAUAUAAAAAAAUGUAUGAAGCUGUCAAGUCUUGUUUUCUCAUCUUGAAACUUUCCAUGUUUGAAAAUACCUGUCGAUAUACGUGGCAGGUGAAUUUCUUUUCUCAGUUUGUUUUAAUAUAUAAAUAUAAAAAAGUAUUCCUUGGUCAUUUUACAACUGUUUUGUUAUUGGAGGAGUUAGAGCUUAUUAUUUAAGCAUAUUUUAAAGAUGAAAAAUAAAAGAUGGUCACGUAUAUACCAUGUAAAUACAGGUAUGUGAAGCCGACUAACUUUAUCACCAUUAACUGUCUGAUGUUGUUUUUGUGUUAAAUAUUCCCUCUUGAAUCUAAAUUGUCCUUUUAAUUAUUCUUAUGAAUGUUUCUUCCUAUGUUGCCUACUGUAGACAUUGAUAUCUCAGUGGGAAUAAUUGUUUUGAAUAACAAGUGACCACAGGUCAACUGGAGUCAAAAAAAUUGAGGUGUUUUCAUGUGAAUUGAUGCUGAGACAUGACCCAAAGUCUUGGACACACUGCUGUCCGGUUCGUGUUGUAAAGCUGCUUUCCUUAGCCACCCACUUGUGUUAAUAAGUUUUAAUUUUUUAUUUGAUAAGAAGCCCUCUUGUAUUAUAAUAUAGUGGUCGGACAAGACAGACAGGCUUAACCUUGGUUCCCUAUUUGUUUGUUUUGAUACAUUACAUCUUACAUUUUCAAGAGUAACAGACAUAUACAUAAUGGGUAAGAUUAUGAAUAAUGUUGAAGUAGGAUGAUGUGCAGAUCCACUUAGUGUUUUAAAGGGUUUUGCUUUUUCAUUUGUUUUUGUUUGCUUUUGAGUUUCAGUAAUACUGCUUUAAAUGGAUAUAAUUCACAAAUUAUUUAUAUUUACAGUUGCACAAGUUUAUAGGAUAUAUAUUCAAGAUGGUGAAUCCUGUGGAUUUAUAGAGUUUCAGCUAAGCUGAAUGUUUUUAACCUUUUCUAAGGUAUUUUAAGUCUUAUAGGACAUCACAUUUAUUGUUGUUCUGUAAGAGAGAAAACAGAUUCAUAUUGAACCUUUGAGUAACUUUGUUGUAAGUUUAGCUUUUUGAAAUAUUUGUAGACUUGGGGAACUCUCUUUUCAAACUGUAAUCACACAUAAUUGAUUUAGAAGCUGUUUCAGAUUACUUGAAAGGGAGGUUUUAUACAAGAGAUACAAAAAUUAGUCUGGUACAGUUAAGAGUCGCCUAAAGAAUAACAUGUUUUGGUGCAAUGUUUUUGUUGUUUAUUUUAAUUUUUGUAAAUCAAAAGUGACUGGCCAGAUUAAUUUUUUUAUGGAUACUGCUGCAUUUCUCAACAUUUGGGCCGUAUGUAAAAACACAAGUAUGAAUGUACUUGUUUUAAGAUUUGGGCUUUUAAAAUACUUUAAUAUUAUAGUUUAGUGUAAGACCAGAGAUUCAACAUUUUUCCCACUGGGGAAAAAUGGUGACUUUUAGAUUAUGGUGCUUGUUUUCUAUAAACACUUUUACCAGAUUUUGCCCACUUUAAGCUUCAAACACAAGAAACUGCUUUUCAUUUGUGAAAGUGUGAUGAUUUGUAAUUAAACCAUUCCUUUUUCUUUUCCAGGACAAAGCUUCAGAUGCACAGAAAAGGAGGGUUUUUCAUAAAAACAAAAAAAUUCGAAAAUGUUUUCUACAUUGGUUUUCAAAAAGACUGUUUAGCUUUAGCUUUUCGGUUCUCUAAUCUCAGUUGUGUUAGUUUGGAUGCAUUUUGUAUUUAUUUACAUUAAUUGCAAAGCACCUUUAUAAGUUAAGUCAUUUAGUUAUUGUCGGUUUUUUUUUGAUUGACGUUAGGAUAGCAGAUGGCUAAGGAGGUCAUCUUUUUUCUGUUUUUGGUUGACAGCUUUUUUGUUCAAUUCUGUAUGAUUUGCUGUAGGUGAGAUAUAAAUUUAAAGAUAGACAUAUGUAAUAUAAUUCAUACAGUACUUAAACAAGGAUUAAGUCAUUGCAGUUUGGUUGCCUAAAUCCAUAAAACAACAUUUGUCUAAACAAAACUUUGAAAACCAUUGCAUACCAUCUUUAAAGAUUUAAAUACAUUUUUUGUGUAGUGUGAUUUCUUUAAUAACAUAGAAACGAAAAUAAAACUAUGGUGUUAUGAAAAACCCUUCUUUUAUUUAAAUGUCAAUAAUUUUGCCUCUGUCUACAGUACGCCAGGCUCCAGAUGAUGCUAACUUUUUAUGUCUUAAUUUUUUAACAGGUGCUCUUCAGUUUAAUUGGUGAUGAAAGAUGUAUCUCUUUCUUUCUUCCUCUUUCACUUUCUUUCUCUCUUUUAUUCUUCCCCUCUCUCUCUCUCACUCUCUUUCUUUUUCAUUCUUCCCCUCUCUUUUCUUUUAUAUUCUUUUCUCUCUCUCAUUUUUUGAACUUUCUGUCUCUUUCUUUUUUCUUUCUUUCAUUUCUGCUUCCUUCUUUACUUUUUUCCUUCCGUCCUUUUCUUACCUCUAACUUUGUCUCUCUCUCUCUCUUUCACUUAUUCUUCCGUUGCUCUUUUCAUCCGAGGAUGAGAUUUAAUGGGAAAGCUGUUGUUGGUCUCAAUGUAGUGUUGUGUGAUCAUAAUCCUUCUGUAUCAAAGCAGGGGGACCUUGCCUCUGGAUUUCCUUUUUGUAUUAGUCUACGUCCAUGGAUGUUUUGCGUCUCUGGGACCGCACCCUACUCAGUUCCAAAGUUCAAAAACUUGCACAAAGCCAAAGAGUGAUCUGUACACUCUUUCCCAGCUAUACACACGUCUUACAUUGAAAAGUGUUGUUGAAUGAAAAGAAAACAUUACUUGGAAAUCAUUGUAUAUGAGGGGAAGUGAUUUAUGCUUUGCUGUUUUGACCACUGUGUUUUUUCCCUCAGUCGUGUAUUAAUGAAAUGUUUUGAUGUGUCUGGAAGGUUUACACCACCCUGUUCUACAUGUUGAAUUGUCAAAAAUAUAAAUGGUGUUUGUUUAGCAACUUUUAUUGUGCUUGUCAAAUGAAAACCAUGAAUGUGCCUUGAUUAUUGUACUGAUGAAAUAAAGUAAAUCUCUGUUCCUGGA